AUGGAGGCUUAUCCAACAGCAUAUACAGCGCAUGAGCUGCCGCUUCUCAUCUUGUCAGGCCUGGGAGACCGUCCAAACGCUGAGACGAGUAAUCAGCAAGCACACCGACAAGACAGUGGUGCUCGCCUUGUUACAGCCUCGGCGGAAUGUACAGGAGACCGAUCUAAGCUUCUGCUUGAACAAUUCUCGAAGCAAGAUGGCAAUCGUGAAGCAUGGAACGCUCAAACCCUCCCAGGACCUCAGGCCCAUCUGAGGUAUCGUUUGCGGACGAUAGGUCGGAACUACAACUUGCCGCCUAGGAAAGCUGCGCCACUGCCACAGUCGCCGAGCGCCGAAGGCUUUCAGAGCCCACAAGCUGUUCGUGAGCUGCAUUCACCUCUUUCGCCGCUCUCACCUGGAUCGCCAAUAUAUCCUGAUGGUGUAUUUACCCCUCUCUGGCUGGCUAAGCAUCAAUGGCAAGUGCCCGCGGUAUUCCUUGCCUUUUUCGAGUUGUCCUCUGGUGACGACACCGCACAAAAUGAACAGAUACAGAUCGACAUCAACGCCAUCCGGACGGCUUUGGCACGAUCAGGUUUCAAGAGUAGAUUUGCAGCUGUGUUGAUGAGCGAUCGCAGCAUCUUGCACGCACCUGAGCUAGAGGAUCGCUUAUCUGCGAUCCGUCGAGCGACAACGCUUGACCCAAAGACAGGACUUUUCUUCAUGCCACCGAUGACCUCCCAAGCAGAGAUCGGCACUUUCGUACAAAGCAUGCUUGCUACAUUACAGCCGCUAGCGGUCGAAUACUACCGAGAUCUCACCAAGCAUGCGCGAAGGAAGAAGGCCCGAGGGGGGCCGUCGGGGCCUCUGACAUCUCCAGUCGAUGGUGGCGCACAUGCACUAUCGACGCCUGGCUGGAACGUGCGGUACGAGUUCAAGCAGGGCGUCUAUGCCGAGUUUCGACAGGAGAUGGACGUCGCUGAGCGGCAUUACUCUGACGCUAUCGAUAAUCUGUUUAACGCAGAGGGCAUUCUAGAGACUACUCCUAGCUGGUCGCCGCGAUGGGACGAGGCACGCUUGCUGUGUGACGUUAUAGCGCUCCGGGUAGUGAGGUGUCAGUUAUGGUCGGGGUUGACCACUUCCGCCACUCGAUCGUGGUCGAAUUACAGAGCACGCGUGAAGGACCUUGUAGAUCGCAGGGGUAAGGGUUCGCAGACCUAUAGCUGGGACGCAUGGGAGUCAAGAUGGGCUGAGAUCAUGGCGCAGCUGAUCCGUCGAGCUGCACUUUCCUCACUGCAGCCGACAAAUACGCAGACCGUGGAAGAGUCUGUCGAGCUCACCAAGGUUGGCAUAUAUGCAAUGCCCGAGAAAGCAGUCUCAGCUUCAGAUCGAUUGCCUCCAUUCCAGAUGCUCCAUCAUCCGGGAUAUUGGUUAAGAUUGGCCGUGUAUUCUACCCGAGCGCGGAGAGAGAAAGCGAUGGCCAUACCAGAGGAGGACUGUGUACCACCUGGCCAGUCACCCGCAUCUGCUGUCGCCUACCGGGCUAAAAGCUAUGACACUUACUUAGUGCUCGAUCCACACGAAGAGCACCCGCUGGCGAGGACGAACGCUUUCGAUCAUGUAGCUGAGAUCACAAGACUUGCAGAUUCAGCAGCUAAAGAGUUUGCAGCACGGGGCCAGGUUCGUGCAUCCGAGCGACUUAAGCUUGAGCUUUCACAGCUACAGGCAAAUGCUGGUCUCUUCGAGCAGGCUAUGAGUACUGCUCUGCCUGUCUGGGAGGAAUGCUCAUGGCGAGAAACCGAUUGGGAUGAGUUAUUCGUUCCCUUGUUGCUGCUAGUGCAGGAAUGUGCUGUGCGAUGCGGCAACGCAGACGCCCAUCUUGCGGUAACCCUGGAGUUGAUGAAGCUUCGCCCAGACGUUGCGCUGGACGAAUUACCAAGUCUUGCCGAGUUCAUGGGUGUCAAGUGGCCAAAUCAUGAGGAUAUCACGGUGCACUUUGAGAAUAAUCAGCGACUGAGUCCACUUGUGGCACGAUUUGCCUUUUGUGACGCUGAGACUUUCGUUGGAGAGUAUGUCGAAUGUCAGCUCUCGCUCUCCAUGAUAGCUGUCCAUCGCUUGCGUAUUGCGAUUUCCUCCAUACAAGUGAAUCUAAGUAACGGAAGGUCCGUCCUCAUGACCCAGAAGGAUGAGCCGAAGCGUGAGGCUGGGUCUGAGGCUCUCAUCGACCUAUCCGAGAUGCAAGACCCCGGCAACGAUUGCAUGGCCUUGGAGGCCGACCUUAGCAUGGCAGGGGGAGAGAGGCGCACUUUCAGCUUUUACUUGUCCAUUCGCGAGACCGGUCUGAUGCGUGUGGAAGACGUGACUCUCAUGAUAAAGAGCCCUCGCUUCUCGAUCGAACACAAAAUUACCGAUCUUCACGAUUUACAGACUAGGCAGACACAGGUCCAUAACGAUGGCACGAUUGAGUCGCGAGAGCUGCCAUUCUCGAACACAACUAUGGUUACUGUCCAUCCGAAGCCACCCAAGGUACAGAUAGUGCUCAAUGGGCUGCGCAAACACUACUAUACCGAUGAGCAUCUCGCUUUCGGCAUCCAGAUGAUCAACCAGGAGGAAGAGGAAGUUCAGGUCACCGCAAUAGCAUCUCUCAUUGGUAGUGAUGCCGACCUACCCGGGCCUGUCUGGCAAAGUGAGGAUGGAGGAAACGAAAACUCAACCCUCAAUGCAGGCACGAUCGCGGCAGCUGCAAGCCAGACGUCCAUCCUGUUAGUCAAUGCAGCCUCGACAAUAAUAGAGUACACAAUACGUGUCGAGAUUAGCUAUAUCCUGCUUUCAGAUCCACACACUCACCUGAGCAAGACUGCGAAUAUUGAGUUGAAUUUGAGCGCACCCUUCGAGGCGAAGUUCAAUUUUGGCCCGUUACUGUUCGUCGACCCUUGGCCAAGCUACUUUGACGGGUCUGUCGGAAUGGACGAAGAAGAGCCGGAAGGUAUUCCGCAGAAAUGGCGCUUGGGGGCAUUGAUACACUCGCAAGCAACAGAAGGCCUGUCCAUCAAAAGUAUCAAGCUUCGCAAGGCUGAAGACGUCGUGGAUGCCGUGUGCUCUUUCUCUGCUGCAGAGGGCUUCGACGAGCAAGUACUUCGGCAAAAUGAGGUAGCAAGGCCAACUUUUGAGCUUUUGUCGAAGAAGCUGUCGUUCGAGGAUCGUAGGCCGACAUCCGUCGAGCUCAUGCUCGAUGUUGAGUGGUGCCGGCAGGCGGAUUCACCUACUGUAAUCACGGGUAUAAUCGUCCCGAAGCUAUCGUUGCCAACAUCGGAGCCAAGAGUGCUUUGCACUGUCAUCGAGCGCAAGGCUGAUGACGACCCCAUCACAUUGCGAUACCAUCUCGAGAACCCAUCCAACCAUUUCCUCACGUUCGCCGCCACGAUGGAAGCCAACGACGACUUCGCGUUCAGUGGGCCGAAGUACCGUACACUGAGCGUUGCUCCGCUAAGUCGUGUCCACCUCACCUACCACUUUCUGGUGCAUAGCGAUUCUAGCAGCACGGAGCAUCCUUUGGAGCGGGUCUCACCCGUCUUGCAAGUGGUAGACUCAUACUACAAUCGGCCGCUACGCAUUCACUCAGGUGGAGCUGGAGUACAAGUGGACGAGAAGGGCAGGCUCCACAUUCUGCUCCAGAAAGGUGAAUAA